AAUAAUAAUAUUAAUAAUUGUAAUGAUAAAUAUUUAUAAAAAACUAAAAUCCAUUUGGCAAUUCGUUUAUUAGACGUGCAAUUUUGUGGAGGCUGUUAAUUUUUUUUUUUUUAUUGUUUUUAUUAUUAAUGGUGCUUUUUUUAAAAGAUAAAUUUGUGAAGUGAGUGGUUUCGUGAAAUGGAUAAGUGUGUGAUGUGCAAUAAUUUUUUUUUUAUUUUAUUAUUAAAUUUUUCAACCGGUGGUGAAUUUUUAGAGUGAAAGGUCAACUAACGAAAAGUGGAUGGAAUUAAAAGCCUUGACUGUCCGGUUUAUCAACAAAACUAGCCAAAAGGGAGGUCACAAAACAACCCGAAAGGGGAACAGAAGACGAAGAAGAAGGAGGAGAACAGCCUGCCACCUAAAUAAUCCAUAACUUAUCACUUACAACCUAUAACCUGGAACCUGGAACUCAACAAAGAAGCAAACAAUAUAACAAUAACCUCGGAAGAAUAUUAUUAACCAGAAGCCGUGAGUGUUGGGCCGGCGAACUGCUCUCGUGGUGCAAGGUGGCUCCGACAAGCGGAACUGGUUCCAAAAGAUGUCGAGCACCGCGGAGAGUCCCGACGGUGGCAUGGCACUCCAGUCGCAUUACUCACUUAGGUGGAACAACCACCAGGCCCACAUUCUCCAGUCCUUUGAGGCCCUUUUACAUGCCGAGAUUUUCGUCGAUGUCACUCUCGUUUGCUCUGACAACAGUUUGCGUGCUCACAAAGUCGUCCUUAGUGCCUGCAGCCCGUUCUUCGAGAGGAUAUUCGCGGAGCAUCCUUGCAAGCAUCCGGUGAUAGUCCUAAAAGACUACAACUCUCGGGAGGUGGCAGCAUUAAUCGACUUCAUGUACCGCGGGGAAGUGCGGGUAGGGCACGAAGACCUAGCAAACUUAAUGCGAGCCGCAGAAACUUUGCACGUGCGCGGACUAGCCUCUUCAGAACCGCGACCAGUGUCUCCCCCAGCGACGCCAACAGCCGCAGAAACAAGCGACGAGCUUCUAGGUUCCGACCGACUGACCCCGGAACCGUUACGGCAGUCGACGCCGCACGACGAGGAGUCCAGUUCUCCCCGACUGGCAUCUCGGGGGUUCCGGGAACGUGAACGAGAACGGGAACGAGAAAGGUUACCACACAUGACCCACCUGAACUUCUCCCUGCGAGACUGCACCUCGCCGCUCCCCAGGCGGAAGCAGGCCAGGCCCAGAAGAAGGUCCGGGGAACUGAUCCCCCAAGACCUGAGCAAGCCGCACCCCCCUCCAAGCCCGAGUCCGCCCCUGAACUUCACCAGCCGGCACUCGCCGCAGAACUUCCAGCCGCUGCACCAACCCUCGGUGGCCCCCAAUGAGGACAUAGCCGAGAAUUUAUCGAUGAAGCGGUCGGAAUCUUCCCCUGCAGAGCAGAUAAAGACGGAGAGCGAGCCAGCGAGCAGCCCCAGGUGCUCGCCUCUAACUGGAACCGGCCUCCAGCCCGACAGUUCCAUCCACGACCUUACUCAAUCGGGUAUGCCGGCUCUCUCCGCGCUGUCCUUAACGCCUCCCCACCACCAAAGCGAGUAUCUAGCGAACCUGAGCCACUUGGCAGCUCACUGGGGGCCGGGCCCUCAGCAGGCGCAGCUCCCCCACCACCGAGAAGACAGUCCGCACGCGAACAGGCUCCACCCCUUUCAAGAUUCAGCCUUGACUCCCAGACGGUCGGUCUUUCCCAUGGACGGAACCUCCCUCUUUCCGCCCGGGGGCCUGGAACGGGGGCUCCUUCUCGCGGAUUUACACGAUAGCUUCAAGCCUGAGGCUCUCCACGGGCUGUUCGGGGGCGCGAACCUCAUCCACCACCCCACGAAGAAAUCCAAGAAGCACAGGGGCGAAGACGGCCCCCGUAGGUGGUCGGACCACACCAGAAUGCCUCUCGGGAGGCCCAAGGGGCAGCACAGUGCCCCCCGUGGUGGCCCCCCGCGUUCCUGGACCAACGCGGAACUCACUGAGGCCCUCCAGCACGUGUGGAACAAGAAGAUGACGACGUCUCAGGCCAGUAGGAUCUUCGGAAUUCCGUAUAACAGUCUUCUGAUGUACGUCAGGGGCAAGUACGGCAAGAGUUUAAAACUGGAACAGCUCAGGAAGGACUGUACUGGUGGCGAAGUUAUGAAUUCGCUUAAUAACAAUGUCAAGGCUGUUCCUCCGCCCCAGAUGAGCCACCCCCUCGGGCUCCCCCACCCCGACGACCAGUUCCCGACGCAUUCGCUGCUUCAUCAGGGGUUCUAUCCGGAUUUCGGUGCGGCUUUUCCUGUUCCGGUCAACAUGGUUCAUCUUCUGCCCCCCAGCGAGCAGAAGGCCUUCGAAGCCGCCGGGAACCCUGGCGCUGGGCCCUGUGAACUCACUCCUCCGAGCAGGUCGCCCUCUCCCGGUGCGGCGCUUAUUCACGAGAUUCCGCAGACGCCUCAGUCCGCUCCAGCGCUACUACAGCAGAAUGGGGAAUGAGGGACGUGGAGCGACGGCUGGGAAGCUGGGUAGUCCCGUCCACGUGAGACUCUUUUGUAAAAUUUUUAUUUUUAUUUAGUAUUAUUAUUAUUAUUGUGUAUUGAUGAUAGGGUUAUUAUUGAUAAUGGUAAUUAUUGAGGCGAGGACAACAAGUGUUGAUUAUUGUUGUUGUUGUUAUUCAUUAUUUUGUUCCUUAUGCGUACGGGGUUGAAUUUUAGGGUUUUGGGUUUUACUAUUGGAAUUUUGGGGGUUUUUUUCUUUAAUUUUAGUAUUCAUUA